AAACCUCUUAGUCACAGCAACCAUGGUGAAGGCCUACCUCCGAUACGAACCGGCGUCGUCGUUCGGAGUGAUAGCGUCGGUGGAAUCGAACAUUGCAUACGACAGCUCCGGCAAGCACUUUCUGUCUCCGGCCCUCGAGAAGAUCGGAGUUUGGCACGUGCGGCAGGGCCUCUGCACCAAAACCCUAAACCCUUCCCCUCCGUCGCGCGGUCCUUCUCCCGCCGUCACCUCCAUCGCCUCCUCCCCUUCCUCCUUGAUAGCUGGUGGUUAUAGUGAUGGUAGCAUAAGGAUUUGGGAUUAUGAUAGGGGAACGUGUGAGACUACCUUGAAUGGACACAAGGGAGCUGUGACUGCUCUUCGUUACAACAAGGCUGGUUCCUUACUCGCUUCUGGUAGCAAGGAUAAUGAUGUUAUUUUAUGGGAUGUGGUUGGCGAGACCGGGCUCUUUCGCCUUCGUGGUCAUCGCGAUCAGGUGACUGAUGUUGUCUUUGUGAGUUCCGGGAAAAAACUUGUUAGUUCCUCCAAAGACAAGUUCUUGAGAGUGUGGGAUCUUGAUACCCAACACUGUAUGCAAAUUGUUGGUGGCCAUCAUAGUGAAAUAUGGUCUAUAGACAUUGAUCCUGAUGAAAGAUAUCUGGUCACUGGUUCUGCUGACAAUGAACUUCGUUUUUAUGGGAUCAAGCAUGAGUCUGUGGAUGGGCAGUCUGUAAAUGGUAGUGGAGAUUCUUCCGUUCAAAGCAAAUGGGAAGUUUUGAGGCAUUUUGGUGAAAUUCAGCGGCAAAGCAAGGAUAGAGUUGCAACAGUGCAGUUCAACAAGCCAGGGAAUCUAUUAGCAUGCCAAGCUGCGGGAAAGACGGUAGAAAUAUACCGUGUAUUGGAUGACGCUGAAGCAAAGCGUAAAGCAAAACGAAGGGUUCACCGCAAGAAAGAGAAGAAACAUGGCAAGGAGGCUUUGGAGGCAACUGAAAAUGGAGACGGGAACAAUGAGAACAAAGGCGAUAAUUCUUCUGUGACUAAUGGACCCAUAGAAACAAGCAACCUCGCCGUUACUGUGCCUGAUGUUUUUAAGCUGCUGCAUACUAUUAGAGCUAGCAAAAAGAUAUGCUCCAUUUCUUUCUGUCCAAUCACUCCAAAGAAUUCAAUGGCUAGUUUAGCGCUGUCCUUGAACAAUAAUCUACUUGAGUUUUACUCUGUUGAAAGUGGUGAAGUGACAAAAACACUUGCUAUUGAUCUUCAAGGCCACCGUUCUGAUGUUAGAAGUGUCACACUUAGUUCGGACAACACUCUUCUGAUGUCAACCAGUCACAAUGCAGUAAAGAUCUGGAACCCAAGCACGGGUUCUUGCCUAAGGACCAUUGAUUCUGGGUAUGGACUGUGCAGUUUAAUUCUUCCCACUAACAAGUAUGGACUUGUUGGAACUAAAGAUGGAACCAUAGAAAUUAUUGACAUUGGAAGUGGCACUUGUCUUGAAGUGGUAGAAGCUCAUGGUGGUUCUGUACGUACAAUUGCUGCUCUACCAGAUAAAAAUGGUUUUGUCACUGGAAGUGCAGAUCAUGAUGUUAAGUUUUGGGAGUACGAAAUUAAGCAAAAACCUGGUCAAGCUACUAAGCAACUUGUGGUGUCAAAUGUCAGCACAAUGAAAAUGAAUGAUGAUGUUCUUGUGAUUGCAAUUAGCCCUGAUGCUAAAUAUAUUGCUGUUGCUCUGUUGGAUAGUACUGUGAAGGUUCACUUUGUAGAUACAUUCAAAUUCUUCCUUUCGUUAUAUGGGCAUAAGUUGCCUGUUCUGUGUAUGGAUAUCUCUUCAGAUGGAGAUUUAAUUGUGACCGGCUCUGCAGAUAAAAAUUUGAAGAUUUGGGGUUUGGAUUUUGGUGACUGUCAUAAAUCCAUUUUUGCGCAUGCUGACAGUGUAAUGGCAGUACAAUUUGUUCCCAGGACACAUUAUGUGUUCAGUGUUGGAAAAGAUCGCCUAGUAAAAUAUUGGGAUGCUGAUAAGUUUGAGCUGCUGCUGACUCUGGAAGGACAUCAUGCAGAUGUUUGGUGUCUUGCAAUCAGUAAUCGUGGUGAUUUUAUUGUCACUGGAUCUCAUGACCGUUCCAUUCGCCGUUGGGAUCGUACUGAAGAGCAGUUUUUCAUUGAGGAAGAAAAGGAGAAAAGGUUGGAGGAAAUGUUUGAGGCUGAUCUUGACAAUGCAUUUGAAAACAAGUAUACACCAAAGGAAGAAAUACCAGAGGAGGGAGCUGUGGCUUUAGCUGGGAAAAAAACCCAGGAAACCCUUACUGCAACGGACUUAAUUAUUGAGAGAUUAGACAUUGCAGAAGCUGAAAAAAAGCGUAUUGCUGAACAUCAGGAGGAUAAAAAUAACAGAAAUAUUGCUGCUUUCCAAGCAAAUCCGCUUAUGAAUGGGCUUUCACUUUCUGAUUAUGUUCUAAGUGCAUUUUCAGAUGUUCAUUCAAAUGAUUUGGAGCAAACAUUAUUGGCUUUACCAUUUUCAGAUGCUUUGAAGCUUCUGUCAUACUUGAAAGAAUGGACUUCGUAUUCUGAUAAGGUUGAGCUUGUUUGCAGGAUUGGUACAUUGCUGUUGCAGACACAUUACAAUCAGCUGCUCUCCACUCCAGCUGCCAGACCUAUCUUAACUGUUUUCAGUGACAUUUUUUAUGAACGGGUGAAGGGAUGGAAAGAUAUCCUUGGUUUUAAUCUUGCAGCCAUGGAUCAUAUUCAGCAAAUGAUGGCUUCAAGAUCAGAUGCACUUUUUCGUGAUGCAAGAGCAAAACUCCUAGAGAUACGUGCUCAACAAUCAAAACGUUUACAAGAAAGGUCGGAUAUUGGAGAAGUGAAGCGGAAGAAGAAGAAGAAAACAUAGUGUCGUGUAUGUUUAGACAUGGUUAUGCGCUGGAUUAUGUUAAUGAUCUGGGUAUUUCAAUCACUGCGGAGAAAUUGACCUCGACUGGAAUUAUAUGUGAUCGAUGAAGCAUUGCAGAUUCAGAUCAAAGUAGUCAUAUACGUUUUAACGAUAAGAAAAAUGAUGAGUAGAGGUUGGGUUGCCAGAAAAAGGAUUAUGACCUUGUCAAUGUGAUUCCUUUUACCAGAAGAUUGCUGUUUCAAUCUGCGACCCAUCUUCGUGUCAAAAGUUGACAUCUUCGUUUGAAGAGCAAGGUUUUCACAGUAUACUAUUACUGAUGUGGUUGGCUCAGAAAAGGGCGUUACUUUAUAUGGUCACUAUAUGUGUAAACAUUAGUAAUUUUACAUAAAUUUAAUACGACUUUCUUCUCAGAAUUUGGUUACCCUCUGUUGUGAGUAAAAUUUUCCUUUGCUUUUAGUUCCCUUUGCUAGUUAUGUAAUCCGAUGCUCAUGUUUCAAGUUUCCAUCUUCUAAUUUUUUUUU